AUGUCUCAAUAUAUUGGAAAAACCAUCUCUUUAAUCUCAAACAAAGGUGUUCGUUAUGUUGGUAUUUUGCACAAUAUUAAUGGUGAAGAUGCUACUGUUGCAUUGAAAUCCGUCAGAGCUUUAGGAACUGAAGGUAGAACUGGCGAUCCAUCUUCUGAAAUCCCACCUACUCCUGAUCCUUAUGACUAUGUUGUCUUUAGAGGUGCUGAUGUCAAGGACCUAUCUGUUCUUGAUGUUCCUCCAGAGCAGGUUUUGCCUCAAACUCCUCAAUUUCAACCUCCACCUCAACAAAUUCCACCUCCACCACAAUACUAUGCACCUCCAAUGCCAAUGCCUCCUCAGCAACAAACUCAACAACUUCCUGUUCAACCUCCUGUUCAACAACCACAACAACCACAACAAUAUCCAAUUUCUCCACAACAUUUGUCUCAACAAACUCCCGAUGUUUCAAACAUUCCUAAAGAACCUCCUAUUGCUCGUCCUCCAUCCGCUUUAUCAUCAAAUUCCUCCUCUUUAUUAUCACCUUCUCCACCACCACCACCUCCUGUAGCCAUCAAUCAACAAAAGCAAGCACAAAAACAAAGCCAACAACAACAACAACAACAACAACAACAAAGAUCUCGAUCUAAUUCCUCUUUAUCUCUUCCUUCUGAUAAACCAGCUUUUUCUUCUGUUCAACAAAAUGAUGUAUCUGGCUAUCCAAUCGGUUAUUCAAUUGGCUAUCAAAAUGAAUAUCAAAAUAUUCCAUCUAAGGAUGCUAAUCAAAAUCAACUCCAAUCUAAAGCUCCAUCUCAUCAACUUUUAGACGAUAAUUUAAACAGCUUUCAAGCUCAAGCUCCAUUACCACCUCAAAAUGAACAAACUCAAACCAAACCACAACCUGAAGGACAAAAAGAAACAGAAACAGAAACAGAAAUUCAAAACCAAAAUCAACUUCAGCAACAACAAUCUCAAUCUCAAUCUGACCUGUAUCAAAGAUCUUCUCAUUAUAAUCAAUAUUAUCAACAAAAACCUUACCGUAAAUAUCAAAAUUCUUCUCAAAAUCAAUCUUCAAAUCGUCGUUACAAUAGCGGUCCCUCAAAUAAUAACUCUCAACAUCAACAAUUUGAAAUUCCAAAACAAGAUUUUGAUUUCAAUGCUAAUAAUGAAAAAUUUGCCAAACAAGAUAAGGAAAUAGAAAACAAAUCUCCUGAAACAUUCUAUAAUAAGCAAUCUUCAUUUUUUGAUACUAUUUCUUCGUCAGCUGCUUCUGAUGAAACACAAAAUUUUAACGUUCAAAAAAAUGGACGUCCAAAUGGCAAUAAUACCAAUCCUUCUAAUAAUAGAAAUUUUGGCUCAAAUAGAAAUAACGCUCUAAGAUAUAAUGAUUUAGAAACUUUCGGUGAAACAAAAAAAAAUGGUUAUAAUAGUGGAAGAGGCGGAUACAGAGGCUCUUAUAGAGGAAGAGGUAACAGAGGCAGAGGUGGCUACUACAAUAAUAGAGGUGGAAAUAGAAGAUAUAAUAAUACUGGAUUCAGAAAAUUUCCUGAAAAUAAAGAAGAUACUGAAACCCCUCAAUGGUAA